GAACUCGUCUCGAUGUCAAAUAARCUAAUGAAAUAUGAAGGUGUACAAAUGCUUUCUCAUGUCACGAAUAAGGAACAAUUACGAGGACCCCCUGGACUUAAAGGAGAAAGAGGCGAAGAAGGACCAAGAGGACCCCCGGGUCCACCGGCGGAAGUCUUAGCAUCGAUCAUUGGACGAUUAACCCACUUUGAAGAACUUAUUAACCAAUGUCAGUGUGACAAAACCGCAAAGGAACCUAAACAGGAAAAGACAGAAACGGAACAUGCUGUUGCGACACAGACCUGAGGUACUUGAGCGCCAAAGCGGAUUGUCAGAAGACGUAGCUACACACUCUACUUGUUCCGAUCCAUGAUGCGUGCUUCACGCUAUCCGCGAAUCUAAACUUGCACGUACCAAGUCUUUAUUGAAAACUUCCAAACUUACCAACAACCAGUUUUGCGAUAUAUAUUUAUUUUCAAAUUUAACGCUCAUCUUAUAUAAUGCGUUUUUGUAGAAGAAUUUUCAACGCAGCGUUUAUACAAAUGGCUCGUAAAGUA